AUGGCCUCCCGCCUCCUGCACCGCCUGCGGCACGCGCUGGCCGGGCCCGGGGAGGCCGAGGGGGCGGCCGGCGGGGCGGAGGACUGUCCGGAGAGCUCGGAGCUGGAGGACGACACGGAGGGGCUGGCCACGCGCCUCAGCGGCACCCUCAGCUUCAGCAGCAACGAGGAGGAGGAGGAGGAGGAGGAGGAGGGCGGCGAGCGGGGAGCCCGGCUGGGGGGCCCCGGAGGGAAGCUGGGGGCCCUCCUGGACCUGGACCUGCCCGGAGAUGCGGCGGAGAUCGCAGAGUCCGACUCCCCCCUGGCCGAGCAACGGGGCAGCCACCUGCUCACCCGGCAGCUGCAGGAGCUCUGGCAGAAAUCCCGGGGGAGCCUCGUGCCCCAGCGCCUCCUGUUCGAGGUCACCAACGCCAGCGUGGUCAGCGAGCGCAGCUCCAAGCACGUGCUCUACACCAUCUACUUGAUCCGGGCAGGGCAGUUUGACCACAUGCCCGCCGCCGUCGCCCGCUGCUAUUCCGACUUCGAGCGGCUGAAUCGACGCCUGCGCCGCCACUUCAGCAGAGACAUGGCGGGGCUCUCUUUCCCCCGGAAACAGCUGUGGCACAACUUCACCCCCGCGACCAUCGCCAAGCGCAGCCGGGCGUUUGAACAGUUUCUCUCCCACCUGCACGCCUCGCCGGAGAUCCGCCGUUCGGCCACGUUCCUGGAAUUCUUCUUCCUGGACAGCCUGCAGGGGGCGCAGCGCUUGACCGGCAAGGGCCUCUACCCCGAGGCCUUGGCCGCCUGGGUGACCUCGCGGCGGCUGCAGGAGAAACUGGGCGCCUGCCGCUCGGGGCAUUACUUGCUGACUCUGGCCGGCCUGACCGUCUGCCAUCAAGAGCUGGAGCAGUGGGCAGAGGCCUACGGGGCGUGCCAGCAGGCCCUGCAGCAGCUGGAGAGCCAGCAGAGCCACCCCCUCCUGGCUGCCCUCCUGCAGACCCACGUCCACCUGGCCUGGGGGCUGGGCAAGGACAAGCAGCAGGCGGAGACCCGCCUGCGCGGCCUGCAGGAAGCCCGGGAGGGCAAACAGCCGCCACCCACUUUGAAGGAGCUGCUGCUCAAACAGCCGCUGCCCUGA